ACUGGUGAGAAAGUGAGAGUCUCAUCAUCCUGCAUUUUGUGUGCCUUUCUCUUCAAUAACAAAAAUGAUCACAGUGAUCUUUCCGUACAUGUAACAUCAUGGGGCCAAUUCAUCUCGCCUCCAGCAGCCCGACUUUUAUGGGAGAUGGCUUGUGUGUGACCACCAGUUCCAUAUUUAGCGAGUUGGUCACUGAUUAGAAGCAUUUAGACCUCGUUGGCUUGAUUUGAGUAAUCAGUCAGUCACUCCUGAUCGUUAAGUUCAGUCCUCCUAGUCCUAGUUAAGAAGACCUAGUAUUACCCCAUCGUAUCUAUUACGAAGAAUUCGUAUUAUUAGUACUUACCCCUGAUUGAAAUUUGUCUGAUUGGCGAUAAUUGAUUUGAUUGUAGGGAAACGAAAUGGGAUCAUAAUCCUGCUAAAUAAUCAAAAUAAUUGCUUAAACUAACCUAAACUUAACUAACUUCCUUCAAUCAGCGAAACACCCAUCCAUCCACGCCACCCGAUCUAUAUAUCACUCAGCUAAAUAACACAGCGUAAAUUAGUCCAAUUCAUCAAUACUUGGUGUAAAGUAAAUAUAGUGCAUUCAACAAUAAGUCCUCCUCCUCACUCGUAAUUAGUGAGAAUUGAACUUUUAAUUCUGAUCAAUUCAGCAACAAUUUACAUUAUGGAAGGCCAUUCCUUGGACGACAAUUGUAACCUAUUCCCCGAACUGGAACAAAGUCACAGUUUCAUUAAUGGGCACAACUUGUCACCGACGACUACUCCCACGCCGCCACAACCACAACCACCACAUGGCGUGACGCAUCAUCAACUUAUCUCCAUCGGUCAGCAAGACCUUGUCGAACCUGUCUCGCCGAACCCGCAGCAGCAUCAAAGCCAUCCACCACACCAUCAUCAUCAUCAUCACCACCUGCACCAUCCCCAACAACAGGUGAACGGGGGGAAUAAUGAGGGAAAGUUGUACCACAUGGGUCACCAUGACCUGGAACAUAGCCACGUCAGCGUCAACGUGUGUCUCAUGGCGGGUGGGAAUAAUAAGGGGGGUGGUGGAGGAGGAGGCAAUAAUGGAGGUGGAUUUCAUACUAUCCAAUAUCCCGACCUCUCCCAAAUGCCCCUCAUGACCCCCAACACAACCUCUCCCUCAGCUGGAGGAGGUCACAUUUCUCAAGAAUCGUCCGGCAGCCCCAUCAACCUCGCCCACUUUCCGUACCAAAUGAUAAAACAGGAGGGAGGCGGACUGAUGCAGGACUCAAUGGGGAACGGAUAUUUGAGCAGUAUUUCUGCACUAUCACUUCAACAGCAACAACAAGGACCAACCCCACAAACCAACACGUCCUCCAAUAAAAAGGAGAAAUCAAAGAAAUCAGUGGACAAUACGACAAAGAAGAAGAAAACGAGGACAACUUUCACUGCAUAUCAGUUGGAAGAAUUGGAACGUGCCUUUGAACGAGCCCCUUAUCCAGACGUCUUUGCCCGAGAAGAAUUAGCAAUACGACUUCGCCUUAGCGAAUCAAGAGUACAAGUUUGGUUUCAGAACCGACGAGCCAAAUGGCGAAAGCGAGAACCACCCCGAAAGUCGGCCACUUAUGUCGCAACCAAUCCAGACCUCAAUUUUUCUCUAGGUGGUUCCUCCCUCAGUUUCAAUAACUUUGCCCCCGUGCACACCACCCUGCUCCCUCCCCCACCGCAAAACGAGUGGCCACCCUACGGCAGCAGUGGAGGGUACAAUGGGGGACAGGACGUUGUCGGGGUGUCCCCACAGGGAUACCUUGGCAGUGGGGGUCCCCAGCAACCAACGCCACCCUACUCGUUUCACCAUCAUCCCCAAAACCUGUAUGCGACCUACUCUGGUAUGUUUGUGUCUGGAAAUGGGUCAGAUUCUGGGGGUGGCUGCAAUGCCACGUUCUACACCGGCUCACCAACCACACCCACGGGGCAGCAAAUGGGGACGAGUCACGACGGGAUUUCCUACAUGGUUCAGGAGGAGUCGAAGAUACUUAAUGAUGGAUCUAAUGGAGAAAGUCAUCCGGGUGGUGGUGGGUCGUCUCCGAAGGAUGCGAACAAUUCGCCUUCCAUGUAAAUUGUUUGUUCCUCUCUUAUCAUGUACAUACAGCAGUCGACCUACCUAGAUACAUUUUUGUAACAGAAAUAUAAAGCUUUACUUAAUUUACAAUAAUAGCAAUAUAUAUAAUUAAGUAAAUGGGAUGAUGUACAUAAUUGAUAUGUAGAUUAAGCAUCAUCAAUAUACAUAUAUUUUACCGCUUAACGUGUCCUCUGUACGAAUAAUAGUCAGAGAUGUAUGCCAAAAAGUGCCUUAUUUGUGUCAUAAAUAAAUGUUUUAAGUAGUAAAUUUAAUGAAAAUAAUUUACAAGUCUUUGAUACGGGGUGCGAGGUUUAAUUUAUUUUUGCACGAGUUUUAGUAGUAAGACAUAUGAUAUAGAUAUGCCUAGUUUGUUUAUCAAUAUUAGCUAAAAUUGGAACAAAUCAUCCCCAGCUUCAU